ACUCCUCAGUUGGCAAGAAACUGCUUCGGGGGUUGGACAAACUCUCUUUGCUCUCUCUUCGGGCACUUGUGAAGAAAAUUUUCUAUUAUAUUUGUUAAAUCAUAAAUUUUAAGAGAGAGAUUUUUUUUAAAUAAAUUAAUAAAACGUCAUGCUUUGUGGGACUAAUCUGUGUGACCUGUGACUAUUGACGAGAGUUUUGCGACAAUAUUCCUCAACUAAUAAAGCGAUAAGUGAUCUAAAAACGCAGAAAAAUUUAAUUUAUUCACGCACAUGCAAUAAAAUCAUCCUGUGGAUAGUUCAAAGGCCAUUACGUUGUGCUGUGUGGUGUUCAAGAAAAUCUGAGAGUGUAAAUCUCAAAAGGAAAAAGAAUCAAAGAAAUACGAAUAAAGUGAUAACAGAGGUGUGAUAAAAAAAAUCGUGAAAGACCAUGGCAUUGGAUUUCGUUGCAGGAUGCUUAGGGGGAUGUGCUGGAGUACUCGUUGGGCAUCCCUUUGAUACGGUCAAAGUGAACCUACAGACUCAGGACUACCGGAAUCCCCAGUACCGUGGUACCUUCCACUGCCUCCGUACCAUCGUAGCGCGAGAUUCCGUGCGUGGACUCUACCGUGGCAUGGCAAGCCCCAUGGCGGGUGUUGCCUUUGUCAAUGCCAUCGUCUUUGGGGUCUAUGGGAAUGUUCAGCGACGCACAGAGAAUCCCAAUUCACUCAUUUCCCACUUUAUGGCGGGCUCAGCAGCUGGAUUGGCACAGAGUAUCGUCUGUUCCCCAAUGGAGCUCAUCAAGACACGGCUUCAGCUGCAAACUGAAGCCUCCCCCGGUGGUAGGGUCAAAUUCAAGGGUCCCCUUGAUUGUCUCCUCCACAUUUGGCGUCAUGAGGGACUUCGGGGAGUCUACAGAGGAUUGGGCAUUACAGCAGCGAGAGAUUUGCCAGGUUUCUCCUCUUACUUCGUCUCCUAUGAGUUGAUGACGAGGAAGACUCCCAAUCCGAGUGCCUUCCACACCUUAAUGGCCGGCGGUUUGGCGGGAACUUUCUCGUGGAUUUGUACCUUCCCAUUGGAUGUCGUCAAGUCCCGCAUUCAGGCAGAUGAGAAGCUCUACAAGGGCAUUGCUGAUUGCGUGGUGAAGAGCUACAGAGCUGAGGGAAUAAGCUUCCUGACGCGUGGUUUGGCAUCAACACUCAUCCGGGCAUUUCCCAUGAAUGCCGCUUGCUUCCUUGUCGUCUCGUCGAUACUCAACUUUUCCCGGCGGCAGGAGACACAGGGAGGAAGUCUGCAGCUGCAAAUCACACCACCAACGGAGGUUCUCCCAAUUGUCAGCUAUGCCCCGCAGAUCUUCAUUAGACGUCACGAUCCGCUGCAUCAUCACGAAACACGUCACAGGAAUCGAACUAUACGGAAUUUCGUUGUCCUUGCUGCCUUCCAGGAAGCCAUCUGUGACGAUGAAAUCACUGAGCUCAUCAAUGACACCUUCGAGGAGCACAACGGUGGCUACUACCUCUGGGACACUGGUACUUGUUUGUCAUCCAGUCUUACUGACUAAUGUUGUGCCUUAAAUGUAAUUUAACUCUAAAAUUUUGGGAUGAAGAGGGUGAUUUAGGUGAUGCUUUCUUGUAAAACAAAAACGAAUUUCCUGUGCUUCGAACUCUCUGCAAGAUGUGUGAGUGGGUGCUAAAGACUGAUUGUAUAGCAAAUAAAGAAGAAAAAUGUGAAGAGAUA